CGCGUCAAUAUGGCGUCUCCCAUGGAACUCAGCUGCUGGGGUGGGGACUGGGGUUUGCCGUCCGUGCACGCGGAGUGCCUCGUUGUCAUGGCAUAUGGGAGGUUUUCUGGUGCACCGUUGAAAGUGAAUGUUAUAGAUAAUUCGUGGAGAGCACCAAGAGGGAGUGUACCAUUAUUGGUAUCGGAUGACAUUGUUAUUUCUCAGCCAGCAAAAAUACUAAACUUCUUAAGAAAACAGAAAUAUAAUGCUGAUUAUGAACUGUCUGCAAAAGAAGGAGCUGACACACUGGCCUACAUUGCAUUACUUGAAGAAAAGCUACAUCCUGCUUUGCUACAUACUUUCUGGGUGGAAACUGAUAAUUACUACACUGUGACAAAACCAUGGUUUGGUUCAAGGAUUCCAUUUCCCCUGAGUUGGUACCUGCCUGGGAAGAUGUCUCGGGAAGCACUUAAUAGGAUCUUGGUGACAAAAGGAGGGCCUCCAUUCUGCAGUCUUGCUGAAAUAGAAGCGCAGAUCUACAGAGAUGCCAAGGAGUGUCUGAAUCUUCUUUCAAGCAGACUGGGGACUUUGCCAUUUUUUUUUGGAAAUACGCCUACCACUUUGGAUGCCUUUGUGUUUGGUUUCCUUGCUCCUCUUUAUAAAGUGCAGUUCCCAAAAGUCCAGUUACAAGAUCAUUUGAAGCAACUUCCCAAUUUAUGUCGCUUCUGUGAUGACAUCCUGAGUUGCUACUUUAGACUAAACUUAACAGGCAUCUCUCCAGCUGGUCAAGAUCCCAUUGAUGCAAACCUGCAGAAACUCAUACAGCUUGUAAACAAAGAAUCCAACUUAAUUGAAAAGGUUUUCUUUCAUCCUUUCUGUGAUCUUUUGGUAGAUGAUUAA